GGCAAAAAGAAAAAAGAAAAAAAUACAUAGAAAUUGUCGAGAAAUUUGAUUGACCCUUUUUCCAAUUCUCUCAGAUUCUGAGAGCCCCCAAAUAUAGGCCUUUUGUUUCUCAUUGGCUGUUUGUCUUCCCACCAAAAAACGCGAGAAAGAUGAUACUGGGUUCGCGAGUACUGAAGUUUGGUUUGAUCUUCAGGAACUAAAAAGCGCAAAGCUUGAAGUUGGUACUGUUUCGGAUGUUAAACUUGAAAGUAAAGGUAAAGGUAAGGAGGGGCUUGUUACCGUUUAAAGGGUAUCGACAUUAUGCGGUCAAAGUCUCAAAAUACAGAUGGUCUAGGACUUGAUUCUCAUACCAUUACCCCAACCAAUGUUUACUCUGAGCCAUGGUGGCGUAAUGUCGGGUAUAAUCCUAUUUCUCCACCCUUGACAGUGAGAAAUGCAUCCAAUUCAUCUUCCUUAGACUGCCCAAAUGGUGCUUCUGAAUCCAAUGAGGACCAGUCUUUAUCUGAUGAUGGGCCCAACGAGGAAGAUGAUGAUGCCACUAAAGAUUCAUAUGUUAGUGCCUCUCCACGAUCAGGCAACUAUGGGCAAGAUCAAAUUAUGCAGCAUGUUUCAUCUACUAUGCCAACAUUACAUGAUGAGCACCUCACGCAGCCUCCACAACUUGAACUUGUUGGUCACUCUAUUGCGUGUGCAUCAAAUCCAUAUCAAGAUCCAUAUUAUGGAGGAAUGAUGACAGUUUAUGGACAUCAGCCUUUGGGCUAUCCUCCUUUUUUUGGAAUGCCGCAAGCUAGAAUGCCUUUGCCUCUUGAGAUGGCUCAGGAGCCUGUAUAUGUGAAUGCCAAACAAUACCAAGGGAUCCUAAGGCGAAGACAGGCCCGAGCCAAAGCAGAGCUGGAAAAGAAGCUGAUAAAAGUUAGAAAGCCAUAUCUUCAUGAAUCUCGGCACCAGCAUGCUAUGCGAAGGGCCAGGGGUAGUGGAGGGCGUUUUGCAAAGAAAACUGAUGGUGAUGCUUCAAAUGACGCUGAAAAAGAAAAGGGCUCAGGUUCUGGUCGGGCACACUCAUCAAUGUCUGCAUGUUCAUCAGGAUCUGAACCGUUGGCUUCGGACUCAAAUGAAACCUGGAAUUCUUCUAAUGGUCAGCACGAAGCAAGAGGGUCCCAAGUACACGGUACUUACACAGCGCACAAUUACGUAAAUGGGAACAGUUGCUACCAGAAUCAUGGUGGCAUGCAGGACUCGAAGUAUCACUUGCGCCCAAGUGAGAGAGCCGAGGAAGGAGACUGUUCAGGCCAGCAACGAGGAAGCCUGUCGGCGAAUCAAGCUUCCCACAGGCGUCUUGCAAUACAGUAAACUCCUUGGCACGGGGUGGGGUGCUUGGAGAUUCUACCCCCGUUUGAAAUGGUGGGGUCUAACACUUGGCAAUUUAUUUGCCAGGCGGCAAAUCAUUCUUGGCUUUUGUUGUGGUUGUGGUUGUGGUAUGGAUGGGAGGGACGUAGAGGAGACGACAAAUGGCCUGGGUGAUUCUCGGUGCUUCACUACGUUCUCUUUUUGUUCUUCUGUACAGAGAUAGUAUCCAGUAAACUCAAGUAGAAAUGAAGAGUCUCUGGGGGCAGAUUUAAACAAAUAUUUCUCUAGUUUUAUUGUACAAACCUGCUUGAUCUUUUGCCUUCUUUUUUUCAUCCUCUCGUCUAUCUUUGAGUUUUCUUUCUGAUUGUGCAACAGAUGAGAUAUUGAAUGAAUGGAUGUUACAUUUUUCGUUUGCUA